AUGUCUCAGUCUCAACUUCCCACCGUCAAGCCGCUGAUCGACGGCCACGCUACCUCAGCCAUCGGCGGCUUCCAGCUGUACCAGAAUGCUGCCUGUAAGGAUCUCAAGGUUCUCGACGACAAGAACGAGGGCAUGGCCUUCAAAAAUGCUCUGCGCCUCGUGUCCCCCAAUCUCGAGAAAAAAGCCAUCGACAACGCCAUCGCCCAGCUCUUCCUCACUGCCGAUAUACUCUCCUCCCAAAGAUCCUACGUUACUGAGAGUGUCCCCAGCCUCCUUCUCCUUGCCGCCAGGGAAACCCCCUGGGGCAGAAAGCGGCCGAGACAGAGCUUCAGGAGGCUCAUGGGCAGAAGAUGA